CAACAGACCUGAUUACUCUGGGUUUCCCAGGUGCGAUAAAAACACGUAGAUUAGAUACGGCUGCGUGGUAAGAGAGACGGGUGUAAUGGUUUUCUACGGCUACACCUAUUCUUUACACGUAAUGGUACAACCCAAGGCCGAACCCACAGUCCAGUUAAUCACCGUAAAGAAUGAAAAGUCGCUCUCGGCGUGGGGAAGCGUCAAAGAAACGGAGAAGUACGAUGCAACAAACAGCAUGUUCUGAUAAAAUCCUUCAGCGUUAAAUGAACGAAUGCGCGGUUUGUAAAGUGAUGGACAGAGUGAGCUGACGGUGUGUGUGUGUGUGUGUGUGUGUGUGUGUGUGUGAGCUGAAACCGGCAUCCUGAGCGGAAACACUGCGCAAGCUACAUCUUCUCCAGGGUGUGGAGGUGGCUGUGCGACACCGCGAUGUUGCUCUCUCUCUUCCCGUGCCUGCUUUGUCUUUCGGGUCUGUCGACCUUCCUCACUGCACAGGAGCUCAAAACCACAAGAUGGCCGCUUUACUCUCAGAAGCCUCUCCUGCUGGUGUGGAACGCGCCGACGGAGGACUGCCUCCCGCGGCACAGAGUCAGUUUCCCGUUCGAUCUCUUCCAGAUUGUGGCCUACCCCACAGAAGGCUUUGUGCGCCAGAACCUCACCAUCUUCUACAAAGAUCGUUUAGGACUCUAUCCUUAUUACAAACCCGACGGCACUCCCGUGAACGGAGGCCUGCCGCAGCUCGCCAGCCUGACCGAGCACUUAGAAAGAAUUCCCAAAGAACUCAAGAAAUUCAUCAAUGAGCCCACGGCUAAAGGGCUGGCCGUGUUCGACUGGGAGGAAUGGAGGCCGCUCUGGAUCCGCAACUGGGAUGCCAAAAACAUUUACCGGGAGAAAUCCAGGAAGCUCAUACAGGAAAAGAAUCCCAACUGGACAGCAGAACGGGUCAACAAAGUGGCCGAGCAGGAUUUUGAGCUCUCUGCGCGAAAGUUCAUGCUGCAGACGCUGCGCACAGCGAAAACCCACCGCCCCAAUCAGCUCUGGGGUUUUUACCUCUUCCCUGACUGCUAUAAUCACAACUACCUCACGGACAGCGACCUGAAGAACUACACUGGUCAGUGCCCAGAACGGGAGGUGAAGCGCAACAACGAGCUGAAGUGGCUGUGGAUCGAGAGCACUGCACUCUUUCCGUCCAUAUACUUGGGCCCCGCGCUGAAGGACAAAGCCAUCGGCCGGCAGUUCGUCAGGAACCGCGUCAAAGAGGGCAUGAGGCUGGCGUCCACCGGGAACGAAACCGCACGACCCGUCUUCAUCUACACACGACCCACCUACACUAACGAGCUCACGCUGCUGACUGAGAUGGAUCUGAUCUCCACUAUAGGUGAAAGUGUGUCUCUGGGAGCCGCGGGUGUGAUCCUGUGGGGUGACUCCUCCUACGCCGGCAGUAGUGCGAGCUGCUCCAGCCUGAGUGAGUACCUCCGCUCCGGCGCUCUCGGCCGCUACCUGCUCAACGUGUCCUCUGCAGCCGAGCAAUGCAGCGCGCAGCUGUGUGGAUGGCGAGGACGCUGCCUGCGCAGACUCCCUGACACGGACACCUACCUGCACCUGAGCACUCGCACGCACACGCUGGAGCUGCGCCAGGGUCGGCUCGCCGUGCGCGGGAAAAUGGACCAGGAGGAGCUGGCCAUGCUGAGCAAGGACUUCCAGUGUCAGUGCUACACCGGCUACACGGGUACGAUGUGCUCACAGAAAUCAUCCAGAAACAGAGCAGGUGUCAGCCUGCAGGGGGCGCUGGUGCUAAUGCUGAUCCUUACAGUGACCACAAACUGGCUGCUGUGCUAAUGCUAACACCGGAACAGAGGAACGAGGUGGACAAGAGAGAAGUGGUGCAGCUGAAUUAAAGAGACUCCGUCUCUGCUGCUUUGCAGUGAGGGUUUAGGUUAGUGCUGCCCCCUGCAGCACACCUCCAUGAACUACACCAGGACAUGUGACAGAGGCGUGACGUUUCCCAUGCCUUUUCCUCAAACACAGAGCCAGAGCCGAGCCCUAACCUACGCUUCCACAGGUCUGAGUGAACAACAGAGGUUGUUAUUAUGACAGAUGUAGCUGCUCAGAGAAAGCUUUGUUUGCAUUUGAACUCGUUACGCAACAGAAACAUGUCUCUACCUUCAGUCAGUGGAGUCUGGAGUGUGUGGUGUGGUGUGGUGUAGUGUGGCAUGAUUUUACACUCAUUUACAACACAUCAGCAGAUCACCAGGCCACAGAGAAAUUCACUCCUGAUUCCUUAGAGUGUAAUUAUAAACCAUUAUAAACACACAGAGUAGGAUUAUAAACCAUUAUAAACACACAGAGUGGGAUUAUAAAUCAUUAUCAACACAGAGUGGGAUUAUAAACCAUUAUAAACACACAGAGUGGGAUUAUAAAUCAUUAUCAACACAGAGUGGGAUUAUAAACCAUUAUAAACACACAGAGUGGGAUUAUGAAUCAUUAUGAACACACAGAGUGGGAUUAUGAAUCAUUAUGAACACACAGAGUGGGAUUAUAAACCGUUACAAACACAGAGAGCGGGAUUAUAAAUGAUUAUAAACACCAGUGUAAGCAGCCACUGAUCUCCAGGGUUAUAUUGAUGGGAGUAAAACUGCAGUAUUUUCUGAUCAGCCAGCUGUAAUGAGGCUGUAGACAUGAGCAGCUGUGAGUGACGUAGAGAGUUUAUAAAACACUCACACACACACUCACACACACUUCCUGUAACCGUCUCAGAAUCGUCCCGUCCUCGGCUGUGGGAUGGGGGGUGUGUCCCUGCAGUGUAACACACCGUGCGCUUCACACCUGUCUGUGUAUUACCAUGUCUUUAUCACACACAGUGUACUUAAAACACAGAUUAAAGAAAACGACGUGAUGUUCACUCAGAGCCUGUGUCUGAUCUAAUGUGGGAUCUCUACUGGAUGAUGUCACAACACUUCACAGAGUGACCUCGUCCACUUCGUCCCCUCUCGUCCACCUUGUCCGGCUUCAUCCUGCGGUCCAGACUGGAAGAGAUUAAAGUGCCAUUUCUUUUUAAAGGUUUUUUAUUUGUGUGUGUGUGUGUGUGUGUGUCUGAUACAAAGAACUGGACUGGAACUGGACUACAUGACACACAUUUUUUGCCUUUUAUCACAUGCUGUGAUCUUCACUGCCGAGUCACACCAGGCGUGUGUGUGUUUGUGGGGGUGGGGGUCUGAGGAGAUAUACUGCCAUUAGCCUGGUGCUAGCAUAACCUGAACAAUAAGUGCCGUUAGUGCGCCCUGUGUUGCGUCUGAGCGACUGACCAGCUGUCUGGAAAACAUGUGACUCUCACCAGAGCCUUCACUUUUUUUGCUUUAAUGUUAAAACCAAAUCCUGCUUCCUGUUUUUUUGUUUUGUUUUCUAAACUGGAGAUGUUCAAUACAGUGGAUUAUUGUCACUGAUGAACAUGUUUUAUAUGUUGCUGCAAAUCCAGAUAAUUGUAACUCCAUGUUUUGUAUUAUUUUACAAUAAAUCUGUGAUCUGAG